UUUAAGCAAGCAAAACAAGAGACCUGUCUAGUAAUGGAGAACCAUGCAGCAGAGCUGCUACAACAGCAGCAGAGCUACGAGGACGUUCGGAAAAGCGGGUAUCUCCGUAAGCAGAAAUCUAUGCACCGGCGAUUUUUCGUUUUGAGGGAAGCCUCGGAAGAGGGCCCUGCCCGUCUAGAAUAUUAUGAGAACGAGAAGAAAUUCCGAAGCAAGUCACCUGUCCCGAAAAAAGCUCUGAAUCUGGAGACUUGCUUCAACAUCAACAAGCGGGCGGAUUCCAAGAACAAGCACAUGAUAGUGAUGUAUACCCGCGGGGAGAGCUUUGCCAUUGCAGCAGACAGUGAGGAUGUCCAGAAUGAAUGGUACCAGGCCAUGCUGGACCUUCAGUGGAAAUGUAAAAACCCAGAGGACUGUGGUAGUGGUGGAGAGUGUGGACUCCCCUCUCCUCCAGGCCCCACCUUCAAGGAGGUGUGGCAGGUCAAGGUGUGGCCUAAAGGGCUUGGCCAGGCCCGAAACCUAGUGGGCAUCCACCGUCUGUGCCUGACCGACAAGACGGUCAACUUUGUCAAGCUCAACUCUGACGUGGCCGCCGUGGUCCUACAACUGAUGAACGUGCGUCGCUGCGGCCACUCAGAGAACUUCUUCUUCAUCGAGGUGGGCCGCUCGGCCAUGACAGGGCCUGGGGAGUUCUGGAUGCAGGUGGAGGACUCGGUGGUGGCCCAGAACAUGCAUGAGACUCUGCUGGAGGCCAUGAAGGCACUGAGUGAGGAGUUCCGCCAGCGCAGUAAGUCUCAGUCUGUGGGUGCUACAAGCGGCGGGGGCACCGCCUCCAACCCCAUCAGUGUCCCCACCCGCCGCCACCACCCCAAUCUGCCCCCCAGCCAGGUGGGCUUUGGCAGACGAGCCCGGACUGAGACCCCUGGAGCAGGUGGGGCCAACUGCACCAGCACCUCACCAACGCCACGCCACGGGUUACCCAGGGCACGCACAGCCAGCAUCGGGGGAAGGACAGAGGAGGGUGGAGGUGGAGCCAGAGGGGCAUGGGAAAGCUCCAGUCCCAGCCUGAACGGAUCUUGUUCCACUACACCCACCCUGAGACCUAAGCCCACCAGAGCUCCAACCCCAGCUAAGAUCACUCUCAGCCUGGCCCGCUACACCCCCAACCCAGCCACCUCCCCAGCCCCAAGCCUCUCCUCCAGCUCUGGUCAUGGCUCAGAGUGUGGACUAGUCGGAGGGGCAAUGGGAGGUGUAGCGAUCUGUUCUUACACCCGCGUCCCUCAGAGAGUAUCUGUGUCGGGUUCCCCUAGUGACUACGGCUCCUCAGACGAGUAUGGCUCCAGCCCUGGAGAGCACUCCCUACUGGUCCCCAGUCUACCUGGAGGGUCCAAUGGUGGAAUGGGACACCAUGCUCAUGGAGAGGGCUCUUCCAGCUACAUAGUGAUGGGCCAGAGAGAGAGCCUCCCUGGGUCCCAUCAGCGUCCUCAGGGCCGCAGGAUGCUGCGGCGCUCCUCCAGCAGGGAGUGUGAGGCAGAGCGUAGACUCCUCAGCAAGAGGGCCUCCCUGCCCCUGACUGCCCACGAAUGCCUGGCCCCUCGUAGGAAGGAGGAAGAGGAGGAUACGGACCAAGAGUAUGCCGUCAUGUCACGGAGUGUUAGCAGGGACGCCUUUGUGUCACGGCGGCGCGGAUCAGGAGGCUUCGCAGCAGGGGGCUUGGAAGCAGGGGCCGUCGUUGGGGAGACCCAGGUGAGGGUUGAUGUGGUCCGAGGACAGGCGGGAGGAGGAGGAGGGGGACCAGUGGACAGUGGCUACAUGUCCAUGUUACCUGGAGUGACGGCUCCUCCUUUUUCCCUCUCCCUGUCUGUGGCCGUGUCUGACGUCAGCGCCAAGCCUGGGGCUGAUGAUGAGUACAUGGCCAUGACCCCCAACAGCAGCGUGUCCCCCCCCGAGCACAUCAGUCUGCCUGUCUCCGAGGGCUACAUGGUCAUGUCCCCCAACAGCAGCUGCUCCCCAGACAUGCAUGGAAUGGCCAUAUGGGGGAGCCGGGGCAGCAUGGAGAGCCGGGCUGGCAGUGACUACAUGAACAUGUCUCCUAUCAGCAUCCGCUCGGCUUGCAGCACACCCCCCUCGCAACCUGAACAAAACCCGCUACAACACAAGAUGGUCUACUCCUACUUCUCUCUGCCACGAUCCUACAAACACACGCUCUCCACACGCUUUGAGGAUGACUUGGAUCAAGGGAAAAGGAAGGAGGGGGGUCAUAGUGACCAAGACAGUGCUGGAAAUCGGGGUGGACAAGUGGGCUACAGCAAGAGGGACACAGCCACAGUUGGCCCUGCAGGAGGCUGUCAACUCUCCCUCUCCUCUUCCUCCUUCUCUUCCAGCUCAGCUAGCAGUGAGAGCCUGGAGGAUCGGCCCAUGUCAGUGGCAGCUGGGGGAGGGCUACGACUAACAAGAGCAGGGCCAGGGUUCAGGAGGGGAGCACGCUCUAAGGAUGGAUCCUAUCAGCAGAAACGUGUAUCGCAUGGCCCAGGGGGCCAGCAGAGGAAGCCUCGUCCCCUCAGUGUGUCUGUGGACAUGUCUAAAGCUAACACCUUGCCCAGGGUUAAGGAGAACCUCUUCCCCACAGAGCCUCAGAGCCCUGGGGAGUAUGUCAGCAUAGUGUUCAGGGGUGGUGACGUGGGGGGUAGGAGAGGGGGCCAGUGGGGGCCAGAGCACGGACUGUCAGUGACCCAUGGAACCCAGAGGCCCCGUCACCGUCCAGCCCUCUGCCACGGUGGCUCCACCAACCUCCCCCGCAGCUUCUCUGCACCGCUGGCCACCUCUGCUGCCUUGGCUGCCUCUACUGAGUACGUCAACAUGGAUUUGGGGUUGGGAAACUCCCCUUGCCCCUCCACUGGGACCCCUGUUAAAUCACCUUUUUGCCCGCCCCCAGCUAUUGCCCCCAAGCCCCCAGUUGUGGCCCGUAAUAGGCCCUCUCCUAGGGCAGCAGAGGGCGAUGUAGGUGGUCAUAGGGCUGCAGUGCCAACAGACUUACCCACUUCAUAUACAAACUACAUAGAGAUGGCCUUCAGCAUAGUUUCAGAGCCUAACCCUGCAGCGCCCGGCAUGCAUGCUGCCCAAGCUUCAUCAAUGGAGCAGGAAUCAGGCUUGGACUUCCCCUCAGCAAGGUCCUACUCAUCUCCUGACCAGAACCAGAGCAGCAGGCUGGCCAGAGACAGGGUUGGCAGGGGCGACCAACUGGGACGGAGACGCCACCGCUCUGAGACAUUCAUCAUUACUCCUCCCCCUCUCCCACUCCAGCUGUCCUCCUCAGGCUCCUUGUUCUUGGAUAGUGCCCAGGCAGCAGCACCUCAUCGACAAGGAGGACUAGAGAGGGGUUCACCAUGGGAGAAAGCCCGGUCAGAUGCAGCAUCCCAGGCUUCGUCCUCUGGGUCUUCUAAACAAGGCCUUAACUACAUUGAUCUGGAUCUGGCCUUUAAUAAGGACAGCUCUCAGAAUGAACUGGAGGGGGGAGCCACUGCCCCCCAUAACAUCUUCGCUCCAGUCCACAAUGGGGCUGGUGGGGGAGUCAUGAUGGGAGACAUUACUGGUUUGGGGAACAACCCUGGCUACGCCAGUAUUGAUUUCUUCAAAUCAGAGGAACUGAGGGCACUUCACCAGAGCAGCAGGAAAGAUGGAAAAGAAUGUUAAUGAUCCAUCUUGGUCUGGACAUGGCUCCUGGCGUUGAGCAGCACUGUCCUAACUAACCAUGGUGGGAUUGGUUGGCAACAGUCUGUUCACCUUCUGACUUUUCUCACUGGAAGAGGAGUAAGAGAGGUGAAGGCAAACCCAUCUAAUCAUCAUUAACUCUUUGUCAUCCUGUCCAGUUGUUGCUAUCCAAUACUAAUGUGUGCCAAAAGACUACUGGUCCAAACCAACACAACAGGGUUCGCUGAGGUAGAAGAAUAUAGCCAAUCAAGAUUACAUUUUUUUUUUCCUUUAACAUAAUCUUAUGGAAAUUGUUAUACAAAUGUGAAAUAGUAGAAAGGUACAUACUAAAAAGUAUAUAGUAUACAUAUGUUGAUGAAAGCUACAUAAAUAAAUACAUCUAUAUAUAUAUUA